UCCAGUCAAUAUAAGGAACACAUCUGCUCUUUCUUUUCAUCUGUGAAAAUUGACGAUAUUUCUGCUGAUUUUUCUCUGAAAGUUUGCAUCUCUUUUGUCUGCAGGUCUUACGCCUUCUCUAUUCCACCAGGAUGUCACUUCUCAACUUCCCUAUUCCGAAGUUGGAUGUCACUUUGCAGGAAGUAAGCCGUGUUCUGCAGCUUACUUUCAGUUCUGAACUUUACGGGGAGUUCAAGAGCACCUUGAGGCAACAGAGGGGAGUCCUGGAAGAAGCCCAGAAGAAACUCGCCACGGUUGCUGUGGGCCAAGAGAACUGGGUGACACAACAGUUCAAAAGAGGCUUGCUGUCCUGCGCCGACCCCCUACCCACUUCAACAGCUCUUCCAGUUGUUCUGCUUCCAUCCAAAUUAAAGGGGUGCACACAGCUGGCCAGGUCAGCAGCUCUGCUCUGGGCAGCAGCAAAACUGUACAGUGAGCCUCUCUUACUGGAGGGCGAUGCCCCUGUGGAGCACACUCAGCAGUCUGAGGUGUUCGCUGCCAGCCGUAUUCCAGGAAGAGAACAGGAUGAAAUCAAGGUCUACCCUGACAGCCUUCAUGCAGUCAUCACCUGUGCUGGGGGAGCGUUUCCUGUUGACAUCCUGCGCCGUCCCAGCGCUGGUGGUCCAGUCUCUGCAAAAUCAUUCACAGAGAUCUACACCCAGUUGGCUCAGGUGAUGGAUCAGCCCAGAGCUGGGGAGCAGAAUGAUCCCUCUGUGGUUUGCACCCUUUCAGCCCUGGAGCGCAAAUCCUGGGCUGCCGUCAGGGAGGAGAUGCUAGAGCACGGGGGAGAAGCACUGGCUUCUCUGGAGCUAAUGGAGAGUGCAGUGCUCAUACUCUGCCUGGAAGACUGUGAUACGCCUUCGGAACUGGCUGAUGUUCUCAAUGCAGUACGACUGGGGGGAGGAGGAGGAAGACCAUUCCUGAGAUACUAUGACAAGAUCCUGAACCUUGUGGUGUUCAAAGACUGCACAGCUGGGAUGGUGUUCGAGCACAGUGCUGUGGAUGGGAUGGUGGCUACUCUUGUGACUGAACGUGUGUACCACCUGUCUGAGAGUGUUGAUUUAAACCAUGUCCAAAAUGACAUAGAAAACAUGACUAGUGGUAAUUCUGUUUGCCCGUCUGCCUUAAAAUUUCCACUGAAAUCAACAUGCGCUCUCCUGCAAAACCCCGAAUUAACAAAAACCCAUCCAGUUCUCACAUUUGAUUUUUCCUCUUAUCCUGAUGUCUUUUCAACUCUCAGAGGGCAGAGAGGGCUCUAUGAUGCUUGGAUAAACUUCUCAUUGCAGCUCACCCUGCGUCAGAUACUUGGUGAGGCUGCUAACUGUCACAUAUUUGUCACUCCUACCCACAUGAGGCACUACAAACACGGUCGAUGUGAUCCUACCUAUUCUGUCACUAUGCACUCACGUAAGUUAGCAGGUAUCUUAGCAUCUCACAUCAGUCCAGAUGGCACAAUCAAGUACACUACUGACCUGUUGGAGUUGUUCCAUGCUGCAUUUAUGGAGCACAAGAACCUCAUCAGAAACACCAAGACCGGCCAGGGCGUUGGUCCCCAUGUGGCUGCCCUCCGUCGAUCUUUACCGCCUGACAAUCCAAUGAAGAAGUUUCUGGAUCCUUUUGGAUGUCCAUCAGUGUACCUCACGGGUAUAGAUUUUAUGGAGGGCAUUGAAUGUGGAGUUGGAAAUGUUUAUUCUCAAGAUCAAUUGGCUGUGACCUACCUGGGGAAGAGAGACAAGGUGCGCAUUAUGCUUAAUGGAAAAGGGAGCUUUGCUCUAGUUUUAGAAAAACUUCAAGAAAACCUCAAGAUAAAUCUGAAGUCGGUGAUGCUUUUAGCUGUUCGAUACGCCAUUGCAAGCCAAAUGCAAGCCCUGGAGUGUCUUUUCCAUCAGGGUCAGAAAGAUCAGAAGAUCACUUGUUCAGGAUCUUCAGACCAAAGUGAAACCAUUGCUGAAACUCCCACAGGCAUGAGGUCAAACAACACUCUGGUGAUUCAUGGUGGCGCUGGAGAGGACAUGAUGCUUAACAAUAAAGUGGCGGAUAUCAUUGAGUUCGCUUUACAAACUGCCUUAACCCUUGGGUCUCAAGUGCUUCAACAAGGUGGCAGCAGUUUGAAUGCAGUUCAGAGGUCUGUGGAAGCUUUGGAAGACUGCUUCCUGUUCAAUGCAGGAAAAGGUUCUGUUUUUAACAAGAAUGGUGUGAAUGAAUUGGAAGCAACCAUUGUUGAUGGCAGCACAAAGAGGGUGGGAUCUGUCGCAUGUGUGAAAAGUAUAAAGAACCCAAUAAAAGCAGCCAGGGCUGUAAUGGAUAAAAGUCCACAUGCACUGAUUGUCGGGCAGGGGGCUGAAGAUUUUCUCCAAGGUUUGGAAGGAAAAGAGAAGCAUGUUGGGCCAGAGUAUUUCCACACUGAUAUACGACAGAAAGAGUUGUUUUUGAAACUCGCUGGUGGAAACAGCUCAAAAGGCAGUCACCCUCAGACUGUAGGAGCUGUGGCCUUGGAUUCUCUAAAGCGAUUGGCUGCUGCAUCCUCAACUGGUGGAUUGGUAGGAAAGCUGAAAGGCAGGGUUGGUGACACAGCAGUGGUAGGGGCAGGGAUAUAUGCUGAUGAAAAAGUGGCUAUUACCUGCUCUGGAGAUGGAGAUGUUUUCCUCAAGAACACAGUGGCACAAAAGGUAGCCAGUCUGUAUCACAACAAAGGCUACAGUCUUAGGCAAGCCUGCAGGGAAGUGAUGGCAGAGGACCUGAAUGGAACAUGUGCAGGAUUCAUCGCUGUGGACACCAAAGGUGAAGCAGUCAUUGAAACAAAUGCUGGUGUUAUGUUUGUGGCCUCAAUGUCUGGUGGUGUCUCACGGGCAGAGAUCAUUAGGCCUGUAGGGAGUUUCUCCAAUGUAAUCUGGAAAACAGACAAGCUAGAAGCUUACCUAGAUCCUAAACCCUGGACUCCUGGAUCAGCAAUUCUAACCAGAAAAGCUCAUACUGGUGCAUCCAGCCUCUUCCAGUUGCCUACACUUGAUUUUAUUUCUAUGUUACAUGGAGCGAAAGCUGUGUCAAACUUGUUGUGUGAGCGACUGGGAGUACAGCGUUGUGCCUUGGUUUGCAACCCAAUCCCUGACCAACCAGUUCAAAUCAGAUUACUCCCACUUCAUGGUUUGGAGCCAACAUGGAAGCCUCGUCUUGGGGCGGAGGAGGAAUUCCAUCAUCACUACACUGGUUACUGUACAUCAAAAGAUGGGCCGCGGUGGGAGGAUGAAGCACUGACCCAGGUUCAAUCCCAGAUCAGGAGUGCACUGCCAACACCAGAGGUGCCAUUUUGCUUUGACUAUUUUGGUGAUUCUUCAGAUGAUAACCUGUUCAGCCGUAUUAUACGGGGAGAAGAGCAGCAGUGGCGUGUGUGGGAAGACAGUGAGCAUGUCGCUUUUCUCACACCAUACCCAAAUAGACCAGGAGUAACUGUUGUGGUGCCACGUAAAGCACUGCCCAGUGAUGUCUUCAAGCUGAAUGAACCCGACUACACAGCACUGAUCCUGGCCACUUAUAAAGUUGCAAAACUACUUGAAGAAGGAAUGAAAGCCCAGGCUGUUGCAAUGAUCUUUGAGGGCUUUCAGGUUGACCAUGCUCAUGUCAAGUUGAUCCCUCUGUUGCCCUUACCAGAAGGCUGUAAACCUGUUGAGAUACAACCAGAAUGCUUUCAAAGCUACCCUGGAUUUGUAUCAUCAAUUGAUGGUCCACCAGCUGAAGGUAAAACGCUCCAAAACAUCUACUCAAAACUUGUGCAGUGCAAGCCACCUCGCUCAUGGGAGGACCCUCAAUCUCACCCCACAUUUGCAAUCAGCAGCCAGUGGUAUCGCAACCUGUUCCAGAUUCAGAACACCCUGUUUCACAGCACCGUGGAAUAUUUCCACAGUUCCUGCCAGUUUGCUUAUGCUCUGACCCCACUUACAACAGACACCAUUUCUUCUCCAAUGGGCCUUGGAUCUGACUCAGAACCAGUGUCUGUUAGCCUGCUGGGACAGGACGUCUACCUGGCUGACUCCAUGCAGUUUGUACUUGAAUACUUCCUUCGCUUCCAGGAAGACCUCGCAGGCACUUACUACAUAUCUCCCAGCUUCAGAGGGGAGGAUCCAGAUGCCACACACCUGAACCAGUUUUACCAUGUUGAAUGUGAACUGCUGGGUGACAUGGACGAUGCAAUUUCUGUUGCAGAAGGUUACUUGGGCCAUUUAACUAGAUCAAUGUUAAAGAAACACUCAGAUCUAAUCCUGAGCUCUGCUGGCACCCUCACACAUGUCACUGCUCUGCUUAGCAAACUGCAGGGAAACAGUGCCCUCCCAAGGAUUCCUCUGGAUCAGGCCAUUCCCAUGAUGCCUUCUGCUGACUGCCUAGAGUGGGUACAAGACGGCCAGCCAGAAUUUGGUAGAAAGCUGACACGCAAAGGAGAACGGGUUUUGAUUGAGAAGUAUGGUGGUGCUGUUUGGCUGACUGAGAUGGACCACUUAGGAGUUCCCUUCUACCAAGCAUAUGUGGAGGGAACCAAGAGGCACAAAGCAAAGGCUGCUGACCUUUUGCUGGGACUGGGAGAGACUGUGGGUCUCGGGGAACGCCAUUCCACACGAGAGAUGGUUCAAGAGGCCCUUGUGCACCACAAAGUGCCAGAAGAGUCUUACAAGUGGUACAUUGACAUGCGCCAAGUGAAGCCCCUUCUCACCAGUGGAUGGGGAAUGGGCACAGAGCGCUAUUUGUGUUGGCUGCUUCAACACAAUGAUGUCAGAGAUCUGCACAUUAUACCUAGGUUGAAAGGAAAGAAGUACAUGCCGUGAUCAAGUCCACGGCAGAUUGUUAGGCCUUUAGAUGUGAAAUAUUUGAAAAACCUGGGCCAAAACUGAGUAUACAGGGCCAUUUAUAGCUGACAGAUGUACAACUUGAACAAAAAUGUGUACUUUGUCCUUUUAAUUAUAUUAAUUUCACCCAUUUUCCAAACCAGAGGAGACUUGCUGCCAAUUGAAUGAACAAUUGGUUCCACAAAACUUUUUUAUACUCAACAAAACUGGUAUUGUUUCAUUGAAGAACAAAAUAAUUAAAUACAUUUUUGUUUUGUUGUUCAGCUACAACAUUUGUCCAUAGAAAUGUGAACAUUAAAGAAAUAUUGUAUCCUUAUUUUUUACAGUCUUUGGAGAAUGCUUGUUUCCACUGUUUCAAUUUUUACUUUCUGACUUUUUAUGACAUUAUAAAAUGUUUUAAGAUAAUAAAGAAAUUAACUUCCAAUCACAGCUAUUACCAACAAGGCAUCAGUUUUUCUUCUUGUAACAAUUUUUACGUUAUAGUUUUAGUUUUGCCUCUUUCUCGUGGCGUUUUUUAUUUUAAAUUCAAACAAAUCAUCCUGUAUUGAUUUUAUUUUCUUGUUACUGAAUUCAAUUUGAUUAAUUUGUUAAGAGCAUUGAAAAUUUGCUGUUUCAGAUGACUUAUGAAAUGAUGAAGUUGUUUGAGAAUCAUGGAUACAUUUUUGUUUAAACUGUAAAGAUGGUUCAUUAUCAGCAAACUUUUUGGUUUAAUGUAAUUUGAUUCAAUAAAAGAAUUUGGGGGAAAA